CAUCACGUUAGGGUUUCACUGACGCUGGAGCUCCCGCGGUGCAGCCUUCCACUCUAUUCUUCUUCAUCUUCGUCUUCGCACGGCCUGCAAACAUGGGGAAGACACGUGGAAUGGGAGCUGGUCGCAAGCUGAAGUCCCACCGUAUAAGGCAAAGGUGGGCUGACAAGGCAUAUAAGAAGUCCAACCUUGGCAAUGAAUGGAAGAAACCAUUUGCUGGGUCCUCCCAUGCAAAGGGCAUUGUUCUUGAGAAAAUUGGUAUAGAGGCAAAACAGCCAAACUCUGCUAUUAGAAAAUGUGCUCGUGUUCAGCUGAUUAAGAAUGGGAAGAAGAUUGCUGCCUUUGUACCAAAUGAUGGUUGCUUAAAUUAUAUUGAAGAAAAUGAUGAGGUGCUGAUAGCAGGAUUUGGUCGUAAGGGGCAUGCUGUUGGAGAUAUUCCCGGUGUCAGAUUCAAGGUUGUGAAGGUAUCCGGUGUGUCUCUUUUGGCUCUCUUCAAAGAGAAGAAGGAGAAGCCAAGGUCCUAAAGUCCUUAAAGUAAUUUUCUCUGGCCUCAAAGUUUCCAACACUCGAGGGAAGUGGCAAUUUUGUUGGAAGUUUUUUCCCCUUUUGUUGGACAUUUUGUUUCAUGGGGUAACCUUUUCGCUUGCUGUUCUUUAUGAGAUCAAAUUCAAAACCGUCCUUUUUCUCCCCACAUGGAUCCAUAUAUUAUACUGUGAACUCUUAGUAAUUUCUAUAUUGUGUCUUUAGAUUUCUGAAUGAGUAUAUUUUGGGUUCAAUUUCA